AAGGCAUAUGCAACCCUGACCAAAUUCUACAGCUGUAUUUGGGUCCACUUGUCAUCGUAAAUAUUUUGUCAUUAUUUUCUACUUAGGAAAACAAAUAUAUAUACAUGCAUAUAGCACACCGUACUGCAUGUAUUGGCUCCUGGGUAGAAAGUGUUAAACUAAUUUUUAAAUUCCGGUAAGCUCGCUUUCAGAUAUGAACGAAGUGAGUGAGUUACAUUUCGAUUGGCUCUGUCGGGCAUGUAUGCAAGAAGUGACGGAAGCGGUCGAGUGUGCCACAACAACUGAACAUACUUUUGAGAAGUCAGUGCAAUGGCAAUCCAUAUAUAAUACGGUCCCAGAAUGUGGAACACUCCAGAUUGCUGAAUUGCUAUCUAGCACAACGCCGCAGAUACAAGCAAACCUUAGUGACGAACUGCCACAGAAAAUAUGCCAUGAAUGCUUGGAGCAAUUGCUGAAUGCAUAUCGCUUUCAGAAAAUGUGCUUACACUCUGAUCACCAGAUGCGUGAAAUGCUGGCUAAGAGAUUACCUGAUAUAAAAAUGAUUACAUCAGCACCUUUGUUAGAAUCGAUAAUGGAACCAAAAGUAUUUUCAGAGGCAGAGCCUGUCAAUACAUUACUUGAAGCGCAAUUGACAAGCGCUGAUGAUCCACUACAAAGUGUUGUCAAAAAAACAAAGAAUGCUAAGGACGAUGCACAAAGUAAUGUUAGUGAACUCCUUAAAGUGGAACCUAAUGAUUACGAUAUAUUCAAUUAUGGUUACACCGAAACCGGAGCAAUGCUCACAGAAGAUUAUACCGCCGAUUCCAGUAUAAAAGCCGAAAGGGUGACACCAACAGUAACUCAAGUAAAUACAACAAUGAGUACUGAUGAAUCAAGCAAGGAAGAUGCAGAUAGCGAUUGGGCAAACGUUAUGUCGAAAUCGCUUAUUAAAAAAGCAAUAAACCACGAAAAGUCCGAUGUGAAAUCAAAGAUCAAAAUGAAAACAGUACGCAGUGUUCGAAACGAGCAAGCACACCUUUCUUCAUCAACACAUUCCUGUAACCUAUGCAACAAAACAUUCGCCUCCCGCCGUCUCCUACUGAGACAUUUGAAGCGCCAUAAAAAGGCAGAUGAACGAAAAUGUGUUCGGAAACAACCCGAGUUCGAGUAUUCUACAGAGAAUAUUUGUGUUUCAUGUGAGGUUUGUGGGCGGCAAUACAGCGAACGAGAAGCAUUAUAUAAACAUAAGCUGACCCAUAGCGAGAAACCGGACGAGGAAAAGCCGAAUUUUACCUGUGAUUUUUGCGAUAAAACAUACACAUCACAGCGAACGUUGACAAGGCAUAAACGGCAACGGCAUUCUGAAGAAAAUUCAGAAACACAAGCAAAGCUUUUUGUUUGCGAAUUUUGCAAUAAGAGCUUUCAACAAUCCGGCACGCUAAAGGAUCAUAUACGGACACAUACGGGCGAGCAACCGUACCUGUGUUCCGAGUGUGGUAAAGCAUUCAAUAGUUCAAGCAAUAUGAAGCAGCAUCUGUUACGUCACACUGGCGUUAAGCGCUACGAAUGUCCCGAUUGCCCGAAAAAAUUUCCGUGCCUAAGCGAUUUGGCUUCACACAAGGCGGUGCAUCGUCAAAACAAGCCGCAUAUUUGUGAUGUUUGUGGUGCUGCGUUUGGCAAACCGUAUCAGUUGAAGAAACAUAAAAUGUAUCAUAAUGGUGAAAAACCGUACAAAUGUGAAUAUUGUGAAAUGCGCUUCGUGUGCAUGGACCACCAACGCCGACACAUGCGCACACACACAGGGGAAAAACCGUAUAAAUGCAAGUACUGUGAUCGCGCCUUUGCCCAAAGCAAUGAUCUAAUCAAACAUUUACGUACUCACCUCGGCGAGAAUGUUUACAAAUGUGAAUUGUGUCCGCUCGCUUUUCGACUGGCUGCCGAGCUACGGGUGCACUUUGCUAUGCAUAAAAACGAUGACGAAGAGACGCGUGCGCGCAAUAUGCAAACGCUUAUGGAAGAAGAGACUAAAUUGCGAUUAAGUUUAUCGGCGAAAUACGAUAAAUCACAACCAGCGGUAUUGUAGCAAGAGGUAACAGUGUAACAGUGCAAUUUGACGUGUAAGGUAAUUUAAAAAAAUGGCAAAGUAUUAGGUAGAGGAAUUUUAAUUCCA